GGAAUAUCAGUAUAAAUUCUUGUGCCCCAGGCGUUGUCUUUCAUCUAUUCGUUGAGAGCAGAGCCGGAAGGAAGAGACUGUUUUUUCAGUUUCCUGUUUUUUGAUUUCUGGCGAAGGAUUUCAGGAUGUCUCUUCUUUCUGAUUUGGUGAACAUGAACCUGUCUGAUUCGACAGACAAGAUCAUUGCUGAAUAUAUAUGGGUUGGUGGCUCUGGAAUGGAUAUGAGGAGCAAAGCAAGGACACUCUCUGGCCCUGUGAGUGAUCCCCACAAGCUCCCGAAGUGGAAUUAUGACGGUUCUAGCACGGGACAGGCUCCUGGGGAAGACAGUGAAGUCAUAUUAUACCCACAGGCAAUUUUCCGUGACCCGUUCAGAAGAGGAAACAACAUUUUGGUUGUGUGUGAUACAUACACUCCCCAAGGGGACCCAAUUCCUACAAACAAGAGAUACAAUGCUGCAAAAAUCUUUAGCCACCCUGCCGUGGUGAAAGAAGAGCCCUGGUAUGGUCUUGAGCAGGAGUACACCCUUCUUCAGAAAGACGUUCACUGGCCUCUCGGAUGGCCUAUUGGUGGUUUCCCCGGUCCUCAGGGCCCAUAUUACUGCGGUGUUGGUGUUGACAAAUCCUUUGGCCGCGAUAUAGUGGAUGCCCACUACAAGGCAUGCCUCUAUGCAGGAGUCAACAUAAGUGGCAUCAAUGGUGAAGUGAUGCCAGGGCAGUGGGAGUUCCAAGUUGGUCCCUCUGUUGGUAUCUCUGCUGGGGACGAGCUGUGGAUUGCUCGCUAUAUUCUCGAGAGAAUUACAGAGGUCGCUGGAGUAGUCCUUUCCUUUGAUCCCAAGCCCAUUCCUGGAGACUGGAAUGGAGCUGGUGCACAUACAAAUUACAGCACAAAAUCAAUGAGGAAUGAGGGAGGACUGAAAGUGAUCAAGGAGGCCAUCGGUAAACUUCAGCUGAGGCACAAGGAACACAUUUCUGCAUAUGGUGAAGGAAAUGAGCGCCGUCUGACGGGUCGACAUGAAACAGCAGACAUCAACACUUUCACAUGGGGCGUUGCCAACCGUGGUGCCUCCAUUCGCGUUGGUCGUGACACUGAAAAAGCUGGAAAAGGAUACUUCGAGGACAGGAGGCCUGCUUCCAAUAUGGAUCCCUACGUCGUCACUUCCAUGAUUGCUGAGACUACCAUCCUGUGGAAACCAACAUAAAGCAGCGCUUAAUUUUCUGCUCAAGGGAUUUCCCUCUUGGUGUUUCUGCUGCAGUUUGUGGGAUUCGUAUCUGAGGUGCACUGCUCUGCCAGGGGUCUCCAAUUGUUCUGACUUGGCAGCCGAGAGUCGUAUUGAGCAGGGAAGUUGAGCAGGGAAGCCUGAUGUAGGUGUUCCGUCUCUGCUUCUUGUGUAACUACACUUUUCCAAUAACAGUGUCACACUCCCUAAUAAAAUUCAGUCUUUUCCUGAGAA